AUGCGUGCCGAUACUCUAUCUGUUUUGGCCGCGUUGUCCCUCGGGGGCCUCCAGCUGGUAACUGCUCAGGAAGCUGUUCAGGAUGAUGUGACGCAUGUGGAACGACCGCGCUACUAUUUCCCUCGUGAUAUCAAACGUACUGUCCGGAAUAACACCAGCAAUGACAACCCCGUUGAAUCCAUUCUCGACGAUGUGACCGGUGAAACCCCAAGCUCGACCACAUCUUCAGAUGCCGCAUCUUCAACCGGAAGUGAAGUGGUUGUGGUGAUUUCUAUCGAUAGUGAAGGACACCGCCACACUGUCACCACCGAGACUCGUUCCAAAUCCGCCCUGUCAACUGACAAGGAAACCACUACGACUGCGGUGGACGACACCACAACAACCGCUAAGGAUUCUACCUCGGCUACUACAACUGCAACUGCCUCCGGUACUACGACGGCUUCUGCCACUGCGACUGCAACCGCCACUGCGACUGCGACUGCAACCGCGACUGCGACUGCGACUACGUCUUCGUCUGAUAACAUCAUUAGCGACAUUGAGAACGGAGUUUCGGAUCUUCUUAGUGGCGGCACCACCACUGCAGCAUCCAAUGGCACCACAACCGCUACUGCCAAGACUACCAGCGUGACAGCCAGUGGCAGUGGCAGUGGCAGUGUCAGUGUCAGUGCCAGUGCCAGUGCCACCUCAUCAUCUGCUGGAGAUGAUUUCCUUAGCUGGUUACUUGGAUCCGAGAGUGCCACUGCCACAGGAACAGCCAGCAACUCCACCGCAUCUACCAUCCCAGUCAGCGUUCCUUUGACUGCCAGUCCCACUGCAACAGGCGAUGCUCUCACCAGUAUCCUCAACAGUAUUUCGGCCGCUCUCAAUGGCACUGAUGCCACUACUACCGGCAUUGGUGCGGUUCCCACCCCUCAUGGAAGUCAGCAUGUAUCUGCUACUUCAACUGGUGUUUUGGGUGGUAACGGCAGCGGCAGCGGCAGCGGUAACACUGCAACCCCAACCGGUUCCAUUGGCGUCAUUCCUUCGCCGCACUCCCCCAGUGCUGGCUCUGGCAAGCCUUCUGGUUCCGGUGCCGUCCCUACACCUACUGGCAACCAGACCCCCAAGGCCUCAACUUCCUCUACCCCUAGCCUUACACCCGUUAUUCUACCCACAUCUACCUCUGAGGCUGAGACUACUGCUGCACCUACCUCCACUGAAACCCCAACAGAGAGCGCCUCUGCUGAGACCAGCAACUGGGUGGGUUCGAGUAUUCUGGCCCUCCCUACCGAGACUAGCACUCAGACUGGCACUGCUCCCAGCUCCACAUCAACCACUGUGGUUACUCUCCCAGAUUCGAUCACUCCCUCGAAUGGCGUUAGCAGUGCACCUGCCGAUUCUGAAUUGCUUCAAUUCGGUUUCGACAGCAGUCUUCCGUGGUCUUUUGUCGCUACCACUGCCCUGUCAUCGUCUCAGAUCUUUGAGUACAUCCCCCAGGCUCUUAAGCAUGCUAUGCCCUACUGGGGUAGCGAGGCCGUGAUGUACUCUCUUGAGCCUUACUACAGCUGGGAGACCACCGGUUACAAUGCCACCCUUAUCAUCUUCUACUACCCCACCAAGGGAUACCAGAAGCUCAAGGACGAGCACUCCAACCCUAACUCUGCCCUGUAUACCGAGACCCAGAGUGAGACUGUCAAAUCCCUGAUGUCUAUGGUUGACUCUUCUAUUCCCCUGGUUUACACCGGCAGCUGGCCAAGCAAUGGCAACGACGGGUCCUCCGGCUCUGAUGGUGGCAGUGGUAGCAGUGGUGACGGUUCCAGCAGCAGCGGCGGCGGUAGUGACGACUCCGGCUCCGGAAACACCGAUGAUGGUUCCUCCAACAGCAGCAAGAGCAGCGCUAGCUCUGCUGGUAUUGCCUGUGGUGCCGUUGCUGGUGCUGCCGCCUAUGGCGCGGGUAUGUUCUACCUUGCUCGCCGUUACCGCAAGAAGAAGCAGCUGCACCAGCGUUCCCCCUCUACUGCUGAUCAGAUGAGCCAGGGUGGUUCUGGCUCCAUCUUCGCUGGCGCCAACCGUGUUUCUAGUCAACGCUCCCAGAUGAUCAGUGCCCCGGUUAUGGCUGAGAACUCUCUGGGCUGGAACUAG